AUGUCUUCCACGACACCACAGCCUAGCAACCCCGCUACGACCAACCAGGCCACUCCCGAAAGUACCGACAAGGACGGAGACAUCGCUAUGGGAGGUAUCGAAGACCCCAAGGAGAUUACCGUCACCGAGACUCUUAAAGUCGCCCUACCAGACCGAUUCACAGGCAAUCGACAAGAGCUAGAAACCUUCUUACUCCAACUUGAGAUCUACUUCCAAUUCAAUCAGGAUAAGUUCAACCAUGACGCCGACAAAAGCGUCUGGGCUGCCUCCUACCUCAGAGGAGAAGCCGCAAAGUGGAUUCAACCUUACCUCAAGGAUUACUUCACCAACUUGGGCGAGCCUAAGAAGCGAAUGUACCCAACUCAAGCCAUCUUUGGGAGAUUCGAAGGGUUUAAGAGAGAGAUACGACGAGUAUUCGGGAACAUCAAUGAAUUACGUGACGCUGAGUCCAAGAUCUAUGGCCUCAAGCAAACAGGGUCAGCAGUCAAGUACGCUGUGGAAUUCAGGAGGUAUAUAGGUACCACUGGAUGGGAAGAGAACGCGACGUUGAGCCAUUACCGGAAAGGGCUCAAGCCUGAGGUCAGGCUAGAACUGGAUCGCAAUGGCACUUGGGAAGACCUAAACAAGUUAAUCGAGGAAUCUAUUAAGGCGGAUGAGAUGCUCUACGAGUAUCAGAAGGAACGCCGAUCUUCCAACGUCCAUGGAAACCGAGAUCGUGGUAAGUACCACAAGAAUGAAGGAAGACCUCGAGAAAACAGACAAUCUUACGGAAAACCAAUGCAAUUGGAUGCAACGUUUAAGAACAAACUACCUAAGGAAGAGGUAGAACGAAGACGCAAGGACAAGCUAUGCUUCGAAUGUGGCAAACCAGGCCAUCGGGCCAGGGAUUGUCGAAGCAAGAGAUCAUCAGGAGGAGGUUAUCACAAGAAGUUCGGCAAAGGUCAACUCAAUGCUACCUUUGUACCCCAACUAUGCGCUUCAUAUCCAAUCGAAGACGAUAGUUACGAACGUGAAGAACGUCAAAAGGAAAUUGACGCAAUGCCACGAGACCAGGAAGGGUUGAACGCCAUAGACCGAUAUGAGUUGGAGCGUCUACGAACCCCUUCACCUCCCCUUAUCAAAGAAGAUCCGAAAGAAAUACCGUCGGUAGAACACGCGACGAUGAGCUGGAUAGCUUGCUACGAUGAAUCUUGUAGAAUUCACCUAUCAGAUAAGGAAGCCACAGGAUGGUUUCCCCAAAGAAAAGCAAAAGGACCCUACAAGAAGGGAAGGUCGAAAAAAUUAUCGUCACAUGAUCAUUUAAAUGGUCAGUUACACAAAAUUGACCAAAUUGACCAAAUUGACCAAAUCGACCAAAUUGACCAAAUCGACCAAAUUGACCAAAUCGACCAAAUUGACCACAACAAGGUUUUGGGUCAAGGACAAUUAAAUAUCGCAGGUCAGGCAGGACAGAUUUACUGCAAUGCGAAGAUAAAUGGACGAGUAAUCCGGGCCAUGAUUGACUCAGGGGCCACGGGAAAUUUUAUUGCACCAAGAACUGUGAAGCAUUUGGGAGUACAGCUCCAGGCGAAACGAACCCCAUAUCAAUUGCAGCUAGUUGAUGGACAAUUAGCCGGAUUGGACGGAAAGAUUUCGCAGGAGACUCGCCCUUUGCAGAUGAGUAUAACCCAGCACAAGGAGGUUAUCCAGUUCGAUGUUGUUCCACUAGGGAAUCAACAGAUCAUUCUGGGGAUGCCAUGGUUGAAAGCACACAACCCCCAGAUUGACUGGUCAUCGGAAACUAUAUCAUUUCCGAGGAGAAGCGAUCAACGAGAUGCGCUAGAGCCUGCGAGGCUGAACACACGCGGUGGAGAACUGAAGGCGAACAGCACCACUGACGUAGGACGCCCAGUCCAGGGUCCUCCAUUAACGGCGAAGGAAGGUGAACCUCCCGUACAAAUGAAGAAUAAGCAGAAGAAGUUGCUUGAAACCACCCCUGUAGAGAAACAGGACGAGACGCCAAUACCGGUACAGUACCAGAAGUACAAGAAACUAUUCGAAGAAAGAAAAGGCCAUGAAGCUUUACCAGAACACAAGCCAUGGGAUCACGAGAUAGUAUUGAAGGAAGGCAAGACGCCUCCAUUUGGACCAAUCUAUCCAAUGUCAGCCUCUGACCUAAGGACGCUUAGGGAUUACAUUGCCGACGCAUUAGAAAAAGGAUGGAUCAGAGAAUCCACCUCACAGGCAGCUAGCCCUGUGCUAUUUGUACCAAAGAAGGAUGGUACAAGGAGACUGUGCGUAGACUAUCGCAAGCUCAAUGAUAUAACGAUCAAAGAUCGGUACCCACUUCCAUUAGCUACGGAACUGAGGGAUCGAUUGGGAAAAGCUAAAAUUUUCUCCAAGUUUGAUCUACGAAACGGAUUUCACCUCAUCAGAAUGAAGGAAGGUGAAGAAUGGAAAACAGCAUUCAGAACUCGAUACGGAUUAUACGAGUAUCAGGUUAUGCCAUUCGGAUUGACAAACGCACCAGCAACAUUUAUGGAAUGGGAACCCCCAACCAGCGUGAAGGAAGUACAGUCCUUCCUGGGGUUCGCCAACUUCUACCGACGAUUCAUCAAGAACUAUUCAAAGAUAGCCGCUCCAAUAACCGAGAUCACCAAGAAGAGUCAAGGAGAAUUCCGAUGGACAGAAACAGCACAAGAAGCAUUCGAACGCCUCAACGAAGCAUUCGCAGGAGAACCAGUCCUCAGAACAUUUGACCCAGAAUUACCAAUAAUCCAACCAGUCGCUUACCAUUCACGCAAGCUAUCGCCAGCCGAACUAAACUAUGAGAUAUACGACAAGGAAUUACUAGCGAUAGUAGAUGCUUUUAGGGAAUGGAGAGUGUACUUGGAAGGAUCAAAAUACACGGUGCAGGUGUAUACAGACCACAAGAACUUGGUUUACUUCACCACAACGAAGGAAUUAAACAGACGGCAGGUCCGAUGGUCGGAAACCAUGGCCGCCUACAACUUCAGAAUUUCAUAUGUCAAAGGAAACGAAAAUGCUAGAGCAGAUGCUCUCAGCCGAAAACCAGAAUACUUACAAAACAAAACACACGAAUCACGCGCAAUACUAAAGCAGGAUGGCGACGCUUUAGUUCACAACAAACCACAACUUGCCGCCACAUCAGGAGUAAAUUAUGAUACUAUCAAAGAUAUCAUAAAGACAGAAUACUCAACAGACACUACAGCCAAGAGAAUCCUAGCUAUACCAGACAAUCCAGAAAGAGGAUUCACCAUCGAAAAUGGAUUCAUCCAUUUUCAUGGCAAGCUUUACAUACCCUCAAGUCUAGCUAAGGAUUACGUCACGGAACAACAUGAGCUUCCAGCUCACGGGCAUCAAGGUAUUGCAAGAACCUUUGCCAGAAUAAGGAGAGAAGUCUACUUUCCAAAGAUGAGGACUAUAGUUGAGAACGUAGUUGGGAACUGCGACACCUGCAUAAGAAAUAAAGCCGCCCGGCAUGCACCUUAUGGCCAGCUCAAGACCCCCGAACUACCUACUCAACCAUGGAAGUCCAUUGCUUGGGAUUUUGUAGUAAAACUACCAUUAUCCAAAGACCCAGUCACCCGGAAGGAGUACGACUCCAUCUUGGUGGUGACGGACAGACUAACCAAGUUUGCUCAUAUGAUACCAUUCUGUGAAACUUGGACGGCAGAUGACCUUGCUUAUAUAUUCAUGCGGAAUAUAGUUAGCAUACACGGUGUACCAGAUGAAAUCAUCUCAGAUAGGGACAAGCUAUUCACAUCGAAAUUUUGGUCUACCCUUAUGGCACUGCUUGGAAUCAAGAGAAAGCUCUCGACAGCCUUUCACCCACAAACAGAUGGCCAAACGGAACGAUUAAACCAAACGAUGGAAGCCUAUCUUCGCUGCUACAUCAAUUACAAACAAGACAAUUGGGUUAAACUAUUACCCUUGGCACAAUUCGCAUAUAAUACAUCGGAAACGGAAACAACAAAAGUGACGCCAGCUUAUGCUAACUUCGGGUUCAAUCCACUAGCAUAUAAAUCACCAUUGCUACAAGAUGCGAAUGCAGACGAAGCCAUAAAAGAUAUCACAGAAAUCAAGGAACUACAAGAACAACUUUCCUUGGAUUUACAGUUCAUCGCUUUAAGAACAGCGUCGUACUACAACGAAUCAUAUAGUAUAGGACCUACGCUUAAAGAGGGGGAUAAAGUUUAUCUCAUUCGAAGAAACAUACAGACAAAACGACCCAUGCAAUAA